UCCCACACCUGGGCACACCUACCCACUGUGCAGGAAGCAGGAAGAAGACGGGCUGCCCACUCCUCCUCAGCAGGUAAGUUGCGGCACCAAAGAAGAGAACGCCCCCACAAUGUCCAGCGGUAACAUCGGUCAGGAGCUGCAGGACCAGUGGAACGAUGUGGUGGGACGGAUUGCCACCAAGCAGAUGUUCCAGUCAGACUGGGAUAUCGCCGCUUUCGUCAUUUUCUUUGUUUUCAUUGGGCUCAUCCUCCUCCUCAUCCUCCUGGUUCUAAUCAGAUGUUUUUGCUGCUGCUGCUGUGACUGUGAUUCCCAAGUGGACAAGAAAAAAUACACACAAAAGGUUGGGGUGGAUAAUCUCGCUAUGGAGCCAUAACCCUACCCAUCCCUGGUUUGAUGGACAGCUAAUGGAGCCGAUGAAAUUGAACCACUGAGAUCCUCUCACGCACUGUGAUUUUUGUUACUGAAUUAUUCUCAUGAAAAUAUAUAUAUACCACUUAUUUAUCUUGGGAUUACUGUGAUUUUAGGAUCUUGUAACAUUUUAUAAAAAAUCUCUUCCAUAGAUGACCAGAUAUGAAUGAUCACAGCUAUAAUGUGUUUUAUAUACAUUUCAACUAAGUUGCUUAAAAGGCCAAAAC